AUGAUUGCACGGGAGACAUUUCUCGUUGUAUUCUUUUUUCUCAUCUUCAACAUUCUAAAGGAAGGGCACUGUGAGAUGACAGCGAGAGAAGUACAUGAAGAAGUUCUUGAGCUUCGACAGCUCAUCAGCAAGCUGAGCAAAACUGUUCAUUCUCAGAAUAAUCGAAUUACCUAUCUUCAAAACGCUUUCCGAAAACAGCGAAUAGAUUGUCAAAGAACUCUUUAUACACAAGAGACAAAGGUUUUUGAUUCCAGUGUGGUUGUAAGCGACAAUCUCGUUCCAACACAAGAGAACGUUUCAUCUCUUAGUAAUUUGAAUGCUGUGCAAGGAAUUAAGACCAACGAAAAUCGUCCAAUCGUUGAAAGUGCUAAACCUAUUGCAGCUCGUCCUUCUGUUAUUCGAAAGGAACGACUUUUGAUACCGAUAACUCAACCACCCCAUCCAACUCCAGCACACAGGACUAUAGCAUUCUACGCUUAUUUCUCCUCUGAUGUUUCACACACAGGACAGGGACAAAUUCUAAAAUUCGAUGUUGUUAAAACCAACGCUGGAAACGCGUACCAUAAAAGCUCUGGAGUUUUCAUCGCCCCUGAGUCGGGAUACUACGCUUUUAGUUGGACCAGUAGAAUAAAGCAUUAUGGAGGCACUGGGGAGGAUCACGCUUUGGAACUGGUUGUUAAUAGUGAUAUCUACGGGAGUAUUUACAUGAAGUCUCUCACUGGCGAGGAUGGACAGGCGACUGGUGUAGCCAUUGCGCAUGUCAACCAGGGUGAUGACGUCUAUAUUCAAACACAUUCCCGGGAUCCUGGUUCUGGUGCUAUUCGUAGUGAUUUGUAUGGCAGAUCGUCAUUCUCAGGUUGGAAGUUGUACUAAAAACAUCUGUAU